CUGUUCAGUACCUCAGUGCACCAAGGCCAUUAGGUGUUCCAAUGAUGCAGCCCAUGUAUCAACAACACCAGCUCUCUAUGCCUGGGCCACAUGGACACCCUUCGAUGAUGAUGCCUCCACCACCACAAAUGCAGCCUGUUAUGCAUGUGCCGCCUCCACCGGAAUCUCAGUUUGCUCAUCUUCAAGUUCUUCAACCUUAUGGUCAGCUUCCACAGCUUUCAAUGGGGAUGAUGCACCCACCGCCUCUUCCUGAGGAGCCAGAGCCAAAGAGACAAAAGUUCGAUGAGUCAGCCCUUGUUCCAGAAGACCAGUUUCUUGCUCAGCAUCCGGGUCCGGCUACAAUCAGGGUUACUAAGCCAAACGUGGAUGAUGGACAGGUCAUUGAGAUCAUAGUGCAGUCGUUAUCCGAAAACGUGGGAAGUUUGAAGGAGAAAAUAGCUGGGGAGAUGCAAAUUCCAGCAAACAAACAGAAGUUAAGUGGAAAAGCUGGGUUCUUAAAGGACAACAUGUCACUUGCACAUUACAACGUGGGAUCAGGAGAAAUCCUUACACUGUCUUUGAGAGAACGUGCUGGUUUUGGGGCAACGUUUUGCUCUGUACGAUACAAGGAUGUUGCUUCGCUUGUUUUCCAUGGGAUCAUCAUUGUCGAAGAAAAUGUUCGGUUCUACGCUGAUGUUGUCAACUCCAGAGACCAGGACUCCUUGUCUCACUGUCUCGACUAAGUUUGUUUCCAAACAUGGGUUAGAGUAGAGUAUGAGAAGAGGAUUAUAAAUAAUAUCGUCCAUA